UCGGCCUGGCGUGGCAGGAAGGGAGGUGCUGGGCACCGGCUGUGAAAAGCAACCCCCCUCUUGCUCAGAGAUAGCCGCACUGCGCCAGGGUGCACGCGGGCCCGGUGACCCCGGCCAUGCUGUCCACCGAGGCCUGGAGUCCUAGCUGGGGCACGGUGUCCUGGGACUAUUCUGGCUCGGGCUCCCUGGACCAAGCGGAGCUGUGCCCUGCCUGGAACCUGCCCUAUGGCCACGCCAUCAUCCCCACGCUCUACCUGGCAGCCUUCGCUGUGGGCCUGCCGGGCAACGCCUUCGUGGUGUGGCUGCUGAGCCGGCAGCGCGGGCCGCGGCGACUGGUGGACACCUUCGUGCUGCACUUGGCUGCCGCCGACCUGGGCUUCGUGCUCAUGCUGCCAAUGUGGGCCGCGGCGGAGGCGCGCGGCGGCCUCUGGCCCUUCGGCGACGGCCUGUGCAAAGUCAGCAGCUUUGCGCUGGCGGUCACGCGCUGCGCGGGCGCGCUGCUGCUGGCGGGCAUGAGCGUGGACCGCUACCUGGCCGUGGGCCGGCCGCUGAGCGCGCGCCCGCUGCGGAACGCGCGCUGUGUGCGAGCCGCCUGCGGCGCCGCCUGGGCUGCGGCGUUUCUGGCCGGCUUGCCCGCCUUGCUCUACCGGGGACUGCAGCCGAGCCUGGAUGGCGCGGGCAGCCAGUGUGUCGAGGAGCCCUGGGACGCGCUCCAGGGUGUCGGGCUGCUGCUGCUGCUACUGACUUUUGCGCUGCCGCUGGCGGUCACCCUGACCUGCUACUGGCGCGUGUCGCGCCGCCUGCCACGCGUCGGGAGGGCCCGGAGCAACUCGCUACGCAUCAUCUUCACAGUGGAGAGUGUCUUCGUGGGCUGCUGGCUGCCCUUCUGCGUCCUGCGCUCCCUCCUCCACCUGGCACGGCUCCGGGCGCUGCCGCUGCCCUGCUCCCUGCUGCUGACGCUGCCCUGGGGUCUGGCUGUCGCCACCUGCCUGGCUUUCGUCAACAGCAGUGCGAACCCGGUCAUCUACCUCCUGCUGGACCGCUCGUUCCGCGCCCGGGCCCGGUUCGGGCUGUGCACGCGCGCCGGGCGCCAGGUGCGCAGGAUCAGCUCGGCCUCCUCGCUCUCCAGGGACGACAGCUCGGUGUUCUGGGGCCGGUCCCCAAAGGUGAACUCUGCCUCGGCUGCUUGGUAGCUUCCCGGGAUGGCGCAGGUGGAACGGAGCUUCAAAGAGAGGAACCACGUGCUUGUAGAUGCGCCCAGGGACUGCCCAUCGUCUUUCUCAGAGCUGGCUGCUGAGGCUGGCUGUUCUCGCAAACCGACGGGGAAGGAUGGGGUAUUUCCUUAAUUUUCUCUAGGGCAAGAAAGGCUGUAGUCUACCCACCUGGAGAAACAGGCUCACCUAGUCGAUGGGAGGGAAGUGGGCUCCGUUCUCUGCUUCGUUCUGUGUAAUUCAGCCAGAACAUCCAAACCAUAUGUCAAAGGUCCCUCUUGUCCCUGUCUAUUCUUGCCCCUGCAAAAGCCCUUGUCAUUUGAGGAAUUUCUUCUCCUUGUCAGCCCUCUAGCAACACCUCCUCAAACAUCACCCCUGUCUCCCCCUCUCCCCUCUCCCUCUCCUCCUCCCCCUCUCUCUCCCUCUCU